AAGUGAGCAGCGUCGAGCUGGUGAAAAAAAUGGCAGGUGCUUGGAGGGAGUUACCAGCAACACAGAAGCAGGUCUAUGAGGAGGCCAGGAAGACAGACUGGCAAAAGUAUGAGGAGCAGUUGGCUGCAUACAAAGCUCAGCUGACUCCAGCCCAGAUUGCAGCUCUGAAAGAGGAGAGGAGGAAACAAAUGGCAAGAAAGAUCUCCUACAAGGCAAAAAGAGAACUGACUGUGCUUGGAAAACCUAAAAGGCCUCGAAGUAGCUUCAACAUUUUCCUGGCAGAGAACUUCCAGGACACUGAGGGGAUUUCACCUGCGGCAAAGAUGAAGAAACUGCAUGACAUGUGGCAGAAGCUGUCCACUCCCCAAAAGCAGCCAUACCUGCAGCUUGCUGAGGAUGACAGGAUUCGCUAUGAGAAUGAAAUGAAGAGCUGGGAGGCCAGGAUGGUUCAGCUGGGCCGUGAAGACCUGGUACGUUUCAAAAAGCAAUGGAUACAAACGAAACCUGCUGAGACAGCCAAAGCUUCUUCAGGGAGAAGCAAGG